GCAGCUAGGAGUGGAUUGUUGUCAAAACGCGCGCCUGCCAAGACGGAGUUACCGAAACGACUAUUUCGGAUAAAACGUCCAGAGAGCUUUAUAUCGCAAAGCAGCCCGUCAGGCUGACAGUGCAAAAUUCACUCCAAGGUUUCUCGCACUUCUCGAAGCGCAAAUUCUGCGCGCAGCGGAGGCCUACAUCACGAAGAACAGCAGCAUUACGAGCUACCUACGCAACCGAAAUGGAUCCGAUAGCAAAUACAGCUGUGCACGUCCGCCCAUCGACCGAUGGAAGAGCACUUGAAGAGCCGGAAGAAGUUUGGGACGGUUUAGUGCGGACGGUAUCACGAUUGACCGGUCGCUCCAAGAGGGAGAGCGAUGCGGAGAAGUACGCACAAGCUGGUGACGGUGACACGUUCACACAUCCCCACCUAGCGAGAGUCGACGAAGAAGAUUCCUUUCCUGAAGGUGGAACACGGGCGUGGCUUGUUGUUUUAUCAGCUUGGUUGUUAUUAUUCCCAUCGCUCGGCUUGCAGGUCUCUCUCGGCUUAUUACAAGAUUACUGGAGUCAGCAUCAGCUCGCACACCUAUCGGCUAGCACAAUCGGAUGGAUACCUUCAGUAUUCGUCUACCUUUCGCUCGCUGGAGGUCUCUUCGUUGGACCACUUUUCGAUCGCUACGGUCCCCGAUGGAUCGCGCUGUGCGGUAGCCUCGCAGAGUUGCUUAUGGUCUUUUUACUCGCCGAAUGUAGAACGUUUUGGCAGAUGAUGCUUUGUUGCGGAGUGCUGGGAGGCAUUGCAGGCGCACUCUUGAUGACGACCAGUUUGGCAGUAGUUGCACAUUGGUUCAAGCAGAGGCGAGGAUUGACCCAAGGAAUUGCAAUGAUGGGCUCAAGCUGUGGCGGCCUGGUUAUUCCUCUGAUGUUGAGAACAACGUUCCCAAAGUAUGGCUAUACUUGGUCACUACGAAUUCUUGGCUUUGUGUUUCUUCUUUGCUUCACUAUCGGCAAUAUCCUCAUCAAGGCGCGGUUACCUCCAUCGGCCAAUACGAAGAAGAGAUCCAUCGUCUCACUAUCUAUAUAUGCUGAUCUGCGUCUGAGCUUUCUCACCAUCAGUGUCUUCGGCUUCGAGGUCGUGCUUUUCGGCGCUUUAGGCAUCUUACCGACGUACGCUACCUUGAGUACAACAUUCUCAGCUGACACUGGGUUCUUCAUCAUUGCUACUCUCAAUGGCGUCUCUUGCCUUGGCCGAAUUCUCCCAGGAUAUGUCGCGGAUAAAAUCGGUCGCUUCAACACCCUCGCGAUCAUGAUCGUCUUCACCCUGGUGUUCAUGCUCGUUCUUUGGCUUCCGUUCGGUUCAACCUCUCUUCCCGCCCUCUACACCUUUUCUGCCCUCUUCGGUUUCGGGACAGGUAGUUGGAUGGCGCUGACACCGGCAUGUGUUGGCCAGCUCUGUAGGGCCGACGAGUUUGGGAGAUACUAUGGCUCGAUGUACUUCAUCGCAAGUCUGGCAACCCUGAUCUGCAUUCCGAUCAGCGGCGAACUGGUAGAGAAGGUUGGCCCACAGCCUAUGGUAGGGUUCCUCACCGCUAUUCUUGCGCUGAGUCUGAUCGCCUGCUUGUUCAGUCGAUGGGCAUGCUUAGGGAGACAGUGGACCUUGAAAGCCAAGGUUUGAUGCUUUU